UCUCGUGUAAGGAACGUCGACGGGUUGUGUGGUGUCGUUGUUGGACUGGGUCUUUGUUUCGGAUGAGAUUGACUCUUCUUAAGGGAGUUUAAUAUUUGCUGCUCCGCUUCUGAUAUCGUCGACUUUUCCGUUUCUUGGUUGAGAAAUUAAGGUGUCGCGAGGCAUUUCUGCGGCAUUCUUGGUCAUAUUUGGUUUGCCCUUUAGGUUUCGUUUCUUUGUUUGGGAGCGUACGAAAUUAGAGUUAGCUCAUCUUCCUAUGUGGGAGUCGAUUAUGUGCAACGGUUCUUCGAAGAGUAAACUUUUCCCCUCGAGUUUCGUCAUGGAGGGCGAAUUCUGCAAGAAGGAUGGCGAAGCUCCCCGUAAAUGCUCUGCCUUGCUCGAACUGGCGGCCUCGGACGAUCUUUCCUUGUUCAAAAGUGAAGUGGAAGAGAAGGGCUGUGACGUUGAUGAGGCCAGCUUUUGGUAUGGUAGGAGAAUCGGCUCGAAGAAGAUGGGUUUUGAGGAGAGGACUCCAUUGAUGAUCUCUGCUUUGUUUGGAAGCGCUAAGGUCUUGAAAUAUAUAAUCGAGACUGCUAGAGUUGAUGUCAAUAGGUCCUGUGGGUCCGACAAGGCGACUGCCCUCCACUGUGCAGCCGCGGGUGGCUCCAGUUCUUCACUCGAAAUCGUGAAGCUCUUGAUCGAGGCGUCAGCGGAUAUUAAUUCCAGAGAUGGCAAUGGAAAUAAGCCCAUCGAUGUGCUUCCCCCUCCCGUGAAGCCUCGCUGCAAUUCCAGAAGUAAGUUUGUCAAGUCGUUGCUGAGAGGCGAUAACUAUGUCGUGGAAGGUGAUCAAUCCUUUGACAUAGAAGGAGAAGAGAAGCUAGUCUCGCUUCCCUCCUUUGGAAGCGAGAAGAAAGAGUAUCCCGUUGACGUCUCUCUGCCUGACAUAAACAACGGGUUCUACAGUACCGAUGAUUUCCGGAUGUAUGCUUUCAAGGUGAAGCCUUGCUCAAGGGCUUACUCCCACGACUGGACCGAGUGCCCGUUCGUGCACCCUGGGGAGAACGCGAGGAGGAGGGACCCACGAAAGUACCCUUACAGCUGUGUCCCGUGUCCUGAGUUUCGCAAGGGUUCGUGCCCGAAGGGCGAUUCUUGUGAGUAUGCUCAUGGAGUCUUCGAGUCGUGGCUUCACCCAGCGCAAUACCGAACCCGGCUGUGCAAGGAUGAAACUGGUUGCACUCGCAAAGUUUGCUUCUUUGCUCACAAGUCCGAAGAAUUGCGUCCCGUGUAUGCUUCCACGGGUUCUGCUAUGCCCUCGCCCAAGUCCUUUUCGGCUAGUGCCCUAGACAUGACUACCCUGAGCCCCUUAUCUCUUAAUUCACCAUCUUUGCCUUUGCCUGCUACGUCGACACCACCCAUGUCGCCUUUGGCUGCCUCAUCCUCUCCCAAGGGCAUGAACUUGUGGCAGAGCAAAAUUAACCUGACCCCACCAAGCUUGCAGCUUCCUGGCAGCCGGCUGAAGUCGGCUCUGAGUGCGCGGGACUUCGAUCUGGAGUUGGAAUUGCUCGGGCUGGAAAAGCAAGCUUCUCAGCAGCACCAACUGAUGGAAGAGAUUUCUCGUCUCUCGUCACCCUCUCUGUGGAACAAGGAAUUUUGCAGAACCCCAGAGCUGAGGCCCACUAACCUUGAUGAUGUGUUUGGAUCUCUUGAGACUUCUCUUUUGUCUCCUUUGCAUGGGCUGUCGAUGAAAGCAUCGACUCCUACCCAAUUGCAGUCUCCCACGGGGCUUCAGAUUUCGAAUUUGAAUCAACUCCGUGCGAGCUACCCGUCUAGCGGCAUGUCGUCCUCUCCUGUGAGGAAGACCUCUUCGUUUGGGUUCGACUCAUCCAGUGCGGUUGCUGCAGCAGUCAUGAAUUCACGGUCCGCUGCUAUGACGAAGCGGAGCCAGAGUUUCAUUGACCGUGGAGCGGUGGGUCAACGUUCUGGACUCAUGGGAGCAGCUGCUAAUUCUCCUCCUAGGAUGUCCAAUCUUUCGGACUGGGGCUCGCCCGAUGGGAAGCUGGAUUGGGGUAUUCAAGGAGACGAGCUCAACAAGCUUAGGAAGUCCGCUUCCUUCGGCUUUAGAAACAACAGUAUGGCAAACCCAAACAAUGUGGCACCUCCCGGUGCUGAUGAGCCGGAUGUGUCGUGGGUCGGGUCACUGGUGAAGGAUGCGGCUCCGCCCGAAGGGUAUCCGCAGUAUAUGUACAUAGAACAGGAGCAGAUGGUGGCAUAAUUAAAGCAAAGAGCACCACACGAACUCUCUCCUGAUGGCUUUAAGAUGACUUGUUUGACAUUCUUUAUAUUCUUACAAACAGCAUGGUCUUAGGAGUAGCAGGUGGAAGGAGGAAACAGUUGAGUUUGAGAUUCAAGCUCUUAGCUGGACAGGGGAAAAUUUGGGGAAGAAAGAGAAUUUGGUUUCUUGCCCAACUUAGAUGAUAUGCUUUUGAAGGCUUAAAAGACGAUGAUGAAGGCAAAAUUCUUUUGUUAGUAUGUAUUGUUUUAAUUUUUUUCAUAUCCUCUGUUUGGGGUGGUGGGUGUUGAUGUUUCUUUUCGUCAGGCAAAAUAUAUGAAGUUACUCUCCUGUUUUCUGGUCUAAA